CUGCCUCUCUAGAGCACAAAGGCUUUCUCUGGGGACAUUUUGCUCCUCCAGAAUGAGAGCUCAGCCCCUGUUCCCCAAAGGAGCUGAGGAGAUUUUGACUGCAGUCCUUCUUGGACUUGUCCUGACUCCAGCCCUUGCUGAUUACCAUCAACAGACAGAUAUAAGCAAGAAAAUCUCCAUUGGUGGAGGCUACCAAAUUAUGACCAUCAAUAGGAAAUGGCUUGUGGCAAGUAUUGAGCAAAAGACCAACCAUGGGUCCUGGAAAACCAUCUGGAACUACGACACGGGCUUUAUGGCAACCAAAGUGCUGCCAGAGAAAGCUUGCUACAUUUCCAUAAUGAACAGAACAGAGAUGCCCAGUUUUGAUGCACUUCCCCAGCUGGCUGCACACAUCAGGAAUCAUCAGAGAUCCCCUAUGAAGGAAAUCACAUUCACCCUUGUCAAGACAAUUGUUCGUGACCUUGAAUCAUAUGGACCAGACACCUUCUCUAUGUGCAUCGGACUCACAACUUACGUGGCCUAUGAAGUUCACGGACCACAAUUCAAUCUCGGGUCAUGCAUCAAACUUGAAGUCCUCCAAUACCUGGCCCUCACAUACUGCCAUAACAAUAACUAUGUGUGAAAAUCAUACCUUUCUUGAACCUUGUGUGGAUGCUCCAGCUGCAGCUUUGCAGCUGCUGUCCAAAGCCAGCCCUGAUGGAGUUAUUCCCUGGCAUCUCCUCUUUCAAGAGGUUCCUUCAUGAGGAUUGAGUACUGAAACCGAUCAAUUGGUGAGCAGAGCUAUCAAUUAAAUUCCUUUAUCAUGGAUU